CAGCUGCUUUCUGACCAAGUCACAUGACCUGCUGUGCCACCAGCUUUGCUGACAAAGAGCCAGAAGGAUUAUUAGGACAAUGGAUCAAGAAGACUACGAGCCUCUGCUAGAUCCUGAUAGGCACACACGGGAGAGUCCACAGAACAUUUAUUUAAAGAAAGUUCAAAACAAAAAUCUCUAUUUGGCGACGUUUGCCGCGGUUUUGGGCCCCCUGAGUUUUGGAUUUGUCCUGGGAUACAGCUCUCCUGCGAUUGCAGAUCUGAAGAAUGCAGAAGACCCUCGCUUGGUAUUGGACAAGAAUGCAGCCUCCUGGUUUGGGUCUAUUGUAACAAUCGGGGCUGCAGUAGGCGGAGUGUUUGGCGGCUGGAUCGUGGACAGAAUUGGCCGAAAGCUCAGUCUCAUGCUCUGUGCGGUACCAUUCGUCCUUGGAUUCACGCUUAUUAUUGCAGCACAGAAUGUGUGGAUGCUCUUCGGGGGCCGGUUUCUUAAUGGCCUGGCAAGUGGAGUCACCUCAUUAGUUGUCCCUGUCUAUAUUUCUGAAACUUCACACUCCGGAGUGCGAGGGACUCUUGGGUCAUGUGUUCAACUAAUGGUUGUCACUGGGAUACUGGGGUCAUACGUCGCAGGAAUGAUAUUGGAGUGGCGUUGGCUUGCUGUGUUCUGCAGUGUUCCCCCAAUCUUUAUGCUGAUUCUUAUGUGCUUCAUGCCGGAAACACCACGAUAUCUGAUCAAUCAGGACAAGUUCUCUGAAGCAUUAUCCGCUUUGAGGUUCCUUCGGGGUCCAGAGGCUGAUCACGAAUGGGAAUACAGACAGAUUGAAUCCAGCGGGGACGAUCAGGAGAGCAGUUUGAGAAUAGCAGAGUUGCGGAACCCUUCCAUUUACAAGCCUUUUUUGAUUGGGAUCUUUCUGAUGGUAUUCCAGCAAUUCACGGGAAUUAAUGCCAUUAUGUUCUACGCAGACACCAUCUUUGAGGAGGCUAAUUUUAAGAACAGCAGCUUGGCGUCCGUGAUAGUUGGGGUGAUCCAGGUGUUUUUUACAGCAGUGGCCGCACUAAUUAUGGAUAAAGCAGGGAGGAAAGUUUUACUUAUUAUAUCAGGAAUUACUAUGGCCAUCAGUGCCACCCUGUUUGGAUUGUAUUUUAAAAUCUCAGCGAUACCUGUCAACAAUUCCUCAAGACUUCUUCUCCCACCAACGGAUUUGCCCCCUAGUCCAGUGGACCACCUGGCAUGGUUGGCACUUGCCAGCAUGUGUCUCUUCAUAACUGGGUUUGCGCUUGGUUGGGGUCCUAUCCCGUGGCUGGUUAUGUCUGAAAUCUUCCCACUGCGUGCGCGAGGGAUAGCGAGCGGUGUCUGUGUUGUCACUAACUGGGGUUGUGCCUUCCUGGUAACAAAGGAAUUCCACAAUCUCAUGGACUAUCUGACCUCGUAUGGCACGUACUGGCUCUUUGCCGGAUUCUGCGUGUUGAAUGUCCUGUUUACCGUGUUCUGCGUGCCAGAGACUAAAGGAAAAACACUGGAGCAGAUUGAAAGAUAUUUCCAGCAAUCUCAAGGGCCUCGGAUUGUUGGCUCCUUUCCCGAUUCGGUUUAAUAGACUGAGGAACCGUGGCAAAAGAGCUGGAUCUGUGUUUUUUGGGCAGCACAGGAAUAGACUUAUACAGUGUCCGACAUCGGCACUGUCACACUUUUCCAAUGUCCAGAGGAGAAAAGACUGACGCUUAUCUGUGAAUCAGAUAUUGACGUAGGUGUGUUGAGGAUUUUUUUUAUUUUAAAAUUUUAACCCAGUUCACUUGAAUGGGUGUUU